CAGUACCCAAGCGGGAGCCAGACUCCGGCGGUCGGGAUGUCUGGCUGCUCCGGGACAGAGAGACCACUCGCGCUCCUCACUGGUCGGUAACCAGCCUGUGUUCCUCGCGCAGGCUCGUCGUCAUGGACCUUCUGGACCUCAGACUGGAGCGGGUGGACCCGGCGACCAUCCGGGCGGUGUUGCUGGCGGGCGUCACCUUGCUCUUCUCCCUGCAGCUGCGGCGCUGGUUCCUGCAGCAGCGGAGCCCCAACAGCCCCCCGGGUCCCAUCCCGUGGCCGAUCAUCGGGAACGCGGCGCAGCUGGGCAAGUCUCCGCACCUGGCGUUAACGCGCAUGGCCAAACGGUACGGCAGCAUCUUCCAGAUCAAGCUGGGCAGCCGGACCGUGGUGGUCCUGAACGGAGACUCCAUCAGACAGGCGCUUGUCAAGCAGGGACCCGAGUUUGCUGGCAGACCGGACUUCACCUCUUUCCAGUACGUCUCCAACGGGGCCAGCCUCGCGUUCGGGACCAUGACGGACUGGUGGAAACUGCACCGCAGGGUGGCCCAGUCCGCGGUCCGGAUGUUCUCCACCGGGAACCUUGAGACUAAGAAGACGUUCGAGCAGCAUGUGGUCAGUGAGGUCACCGAGCUCCUGCAGCUGUUCGACGCCAAGACCAAGGCGCGCGGCUCCCUGGAGCCCAUGUCCUACCUGGUGGUGUCCAACGCCAACAUCAUGAGCGCGGUGUGCUUCGGCAAAAGAUACCCCUACGACGACGUGGAGUUCCGGCAGGUGGUGGGCAGGAACGACCAGUUCACCCAGACGGUGGGCGCGGGCAGCAUGGUGGACGUCAUGCCCUGGCUCCAGUACUUCCCCAACCCCAUCAAGACCAUGUUUGAGAACUUCAAGCGGCUCAACCAGGAGUUCGGCGAGUUCAUCCGCGACAAGGUGGUGGAGCACAGGAAGACCAUCGAGUCCAGCAGCAUCAGAGACAUCACGGACGCUUUUAUAGUGGCUCUGGACCAGCUGAGGGACCGAACCGGAGCGUCACGGGAGAAAGACUAUGUGACCGCCACUAUGGGGGACGUGUUCGGAGCCAGUCAGGACACUCUGUCCACAGCCCUGCAGUGGAUCAUCCUCAUCCUGGUCAAGUAUCCAGAGGAGCAGGAGCGUCUCCAGCAGGAAGUGGACAAGGUGGUGGGCCGCAGCCGGCUGCCGUCCGUCGAAGACCAGGUGCGGGUGCCGUACGUCAUGGCCUUCAUCUACGAGGUCAUGCGCUUCACCAGCUUCGUGCCGCUCACCAUCCCUCACUCCACCAUGUCCGACACAAGCAUCCUGGGCUACGACAUACCAAAGCACACGGUGGUCUUUGUCAACCAGUGGUCCGUCAACCGCGACCCGGCCGCGUGGCCCCUCCCCGAGACCUUUGACCCGCGGCGGUUUCUCAGCGAGGACGGGUCGCUCAACAAGGACCUGUGCAGCAGCGUGCUCAUCUUCUCGCUGGGCAAGCGGCGCUGCAUCGGCGAGGAGCUCUCCAAAAUGCAGCUCUUCCUCUUCACGGCGCUACUGGCCCACCAGUGCCACAUCCGGAGCAACUCGGCUCGCCCCCCCACGCUGGACGGCAUUUACGGCCUGACUCUGAAGCCGCUUCCCUACUCCAUCUCAGUGACUCUGCGGGGCGACACAAGUCCUGAAGCAGCGAGUGAAGCGACGCCGGACUCGUCUGCGUAAACCCGAACGAUAUCUUUGAUGAUUGAUUAUGAAGGCUGAUGAACUGAUCAUGUUAUUUAUAAGCUGUUAAUCUCAGGCUAAACGUGUGAUUUGAAUGAACUGACUUCUGUCAUAGCUGCCUUUCUUCAAGUAUUAUCGAGACACGUGCCUUUCACAGGAGACGUGAAGGGACCAGGACAUGCCUGCUGACUCACACAGAUCAGUCUUUGUUCUCCCAAAUAUGAAACCUAUGAAGCGUCGUAGCUGCUUUCAUGCUAACAGCAUGUGUAUCCAGGGCGUCCGCCACCUCAACCACCCGGUGGCCCUGAAGCUUUCUGGACGACCAGAACUCACUGAACCUGCAGUGGCUUCUUCAGUUCUUUUGACCACUUUAUAGUCAUAAAAGAAGAAAUCAUAUUGUCCUUCCACUCAAGAACAAGACCCCUAAAUGAUUCUUCUUUAAAACCCUCAAGUAUCAUCAGUGAGUUUUGUUCACGAGUGAGGGAAGGAUGGGGAUGAAUAGAUCGAUCUGUGCAGCAUCUUCAGUCAUGGAGAGCCAGAGCUCAGUCUUCCCUGGUGACUACAAGAGCAGGACACAGAGUUUUCUCUGGACACUCCAUCAGAGCUCAGAUGACACAAAUUUGAUGUGUCUCCUUGAUGCCUCCCUGGUGAGCUGAGAAGCUUCCAGGUGAGGCAGGUCUCGCAUUUGCCCGCUGCAAGCGCCUUUUCAUUCUAAACUAAACUACUGAUCGUGACCAGGUUUAUAAGCUGCUCCCCCUUAUUUAACAAAACAAAGCUCACCAGCGGAAGAGUCCUGCUGUCGGCCUGCCUGUCCGCAACCUGCUGUUCCGCUCGCACGGAGCCACUAACUUUAGACCAGUGUUAUUUCGCUAACUCAUAUGAAUGUUGUUUUUAUAGAAAAGCCGCUGCUCUGUUUCCAGAUGCCAGUAACCAAAUGAUUUUUGCAUUUAUCUUUUCUAUGUUUUCUACUCUCGUACGUUGCUCAACACCAGCAGCCAGAUCUGUGUCAUGACAAGCAACCAUGAACCAGUGAACUACGACCUAAAUUAACACUUUAACUUAAGCGAUUCGAGGCAUAUUUUAACAGUCCAUGACGACCUGUGAUGCCACUACUGUGUUGUUGUAUUUAAAUGAAAAUGUACAAAAUACAUUAAAACCAAUAUUUUAAUUAUUUGUCG